AUGACAUCUAUCCCCUUAAGCCCCAUCAACUUAAAAAAAGCAGCUCUUUUUCCGUCAUCUCUCGCCCCAUUGAGGUUAAGAACCGAACGCUUCGUUCACGCGCUCAAAGACGAGCUGGUUCGGAGCGCCCUGCUGGAUAUCCAUCACACCUCCACCUGCAGCAGCAGCCACGUCCACAGCAACGGGCUGCUCUGUGAAAUCCCACCAGCCAAUCAGGAGCAGGACGGCCGGCAGGACCUGGACUACGACGAGGAGGAGUGGGACAGGGUUUGGGCCAACGUCGCCAAGAGCCUCAACUGCAUCAUCGCCAUGGUGGACCGUCUGCAGGGGCGGGAGCACCAGGACCGGUGGUCGUCCACAGAGGAAACGGCCUCACAGAACACCGCCUCUCAUUCCUUCUACUCCUCGUCCUCCUCCUCGUCUUCGUCCUCCUGGCAGGAGCAGCUCCUCCCUCUAGUGGUCACCAUCAGGGACUGCGUACGCGAGGCGAUGGCCAAAGCUCGAGCCGCCAUGACCUUCGUGGUCCUGCAGGGGGCGCUGGCCGCCACCGCGGCCCAGGGAGCCGUCCAGGUCGUCCAGAGACGCCACGCCGUCUUCAGCCAGGCGCUGUCGGCCGUUGUCCUGGGCUUCGUGCUGAAGCUGCACGGAGGUCUGGAGGAGCCCGACUUCCUGCAGCAGCUUCACUCCGUGGGAAUCCUGGCCCAGUUUGAGAGCCUGCUGAGCACCUACGGUGACGAGGUGGGGAUGCUGGAGGACAUGGACGUGGCCGUGGCCGACCUGAGGGGAGUGUCCUUCACCAUCACGGAGGCCAAGACGGAGCAGCCGGGCGACCUGCUACCCACGCUCAGCGGGACAUGGGGCGAGUUCGUCGUCGAGGUGCCAUUGCCCGUGGAAACCUUCAGCUCGUUACCCCAGCAACUGAAAUGUGGGGGUUUGAUACACGUGGAGCCCGUUUUGUUCAACAUUGGAAUCAACCAGCAGCAGAGUUUGGCUGAGAGGUUCGGAGACAGUUCCCUGCAGGAGACGUUGAAUCAGCAGAGCUGUGAGCGUCUCAGAGCUUACUGUAACGCGCUGAGAGACGCUCUGCCUCACAUGGCUGGUAUCCAGUCGCUGCCGGAGCUGUUGUCGUCUCUGGAUCGGAGCGUGGAGUCCAGGAAGAGGAAGAACGUGGAGGUUCUGUGGACGGCAGCUCUGGUGUGCCGUCAGGUGAACGGCGUGCGACUGACGAGCUGCAAGAGCGCGAAGGACCGCACGGCGAUGUCGGUGACGCUGGAGCAGUGUGCAAUCCUGCGAGAGCGCCAUGCGCUCGGCCAGCAACACUUCAGCACCGCGCUGGACUGCAUGAGGAGGGACGGCUGCAGGGUGGAGAACGUGCAGAAGAAUGUGGGCAGCAGGAAGUUUGCCUUCAGCAGCGUCCAGCUCCUCACCUUCCCCAAACUAUACAGACCUCCAGACGGCAGCUACGGAUAGACACGCCCACAUCUUUGGAUCGGAAGAUCGUCUCAUCCCAACUGUGUUGACGGUGUUAUAAAUAUGUGUAAAUGUUAUUUUUGUGCUCAUUAAAACCUU